ACACACUCAUUGCUACAGCUCCAUUAACUUGUUCACUCGAAGCUCCUCUAAAUCCCCUCAAUUAAAAGGCAAUUUGUGUUCAUAAAACUAUAAAAGUACUAUCAAGCUAAAAUCUGGUCCUUGCAGGUGGAGCCGGCAAGCUACAAUGGGUAUAGUGAUAUCAGAAGAGAACAAAAGGGCGGAGCUCGAGGAAUUCCGGCGGAUGCUGCUGUUCUGCGCGGCGGUGCACCGGCGGAAGGACGACGAAGGGUUUGGGGCCCACGAGGAGCUGCUGCCGGUUCAAAACGGCGACGUAUUGGACAGGAUGGUCUGCGUCACGAGCGGCGUAUCCUACAUCGGAAUUGCUAUCGUGAACCAGCUCCUGGUCAACGGCUACUCUGUGCGGAUUAUUGUUGACAACGAAGAGGAUGUGGAAAAAUUGAGGGAAAUGGAGAUUUCAGGUGAGAUGAGAAUCAACAGCAGCAGGCUUGAGGUGGCUAUGGCCACACUCACGAAAGUCGAGAGCCUGAUUAAGGCAUUUGAGGGUUGUCGUGGGGUCUUUCACACGGCUGCAUUUGUUGACCCUGCUGGACUAUCCGGUUACUCGAAAGUUAUGGCUGAUGUCGAAGUGAACGCGACCAAGAAUGUUGUGAAGGCUUGUGGAGUUUCAUCUUCUGUUAGGCUCUGUGUGCUAACCUCAUCCCUCUUGACAUGCAUUUGGCGGGACAAUUCGAAAAACGAAGAAGUUCCCCACCAAAUCGACCACAAAACUUGGAGUGAUGAAUCCAUUUGCAUAAACAAAAAGCUUUGGUAUGCUUUGGGGAAGCUGAGGGCAGAAAAGUCCGCAUGGGAUAUCGCGAAAGAAUGUGGUCUGAAGAUGGCAGCCGUUUGUCCCGGGCUUGUUACGGGCUCUAAGUUUUACCAAAGAAACCCAACAUCCACAAUGGCUUACCUUAAAGGAGCUCACGAGAUGUAUACAUACGGUUUGCUUGCUACAGUCGACAUAAGCAAAUUGGCAAAAGCGCAUAUAGCCGUUUUUGAGGAGAUGAAGAAGACAACUUGUGGUUGUGGAAGGUACAUUUGCUUUGAUAAGGUGAUUGAACAAAAUGACGAGCUCGAGAAGCUGGCUAGUGAGACGGGGAUUAGCUCGAGCUCGUUAACUGGGGGUGACUCGUGCAGUGAUAGGCCAAGGUUUGAGCUGUCGAAUGUAAAACUUUGUCAACUAAUGAUGAGAACGCGAAGGUGUCACAACGAGUAAUUAUGGUUAUCUGGGUUCUUUACACCUGAGUUAUUACAAUAUAGAGUUACUAGAUUAUGAAGGUGGUGUAGGCUUUUGAUUCCUUACUAAACUAAGGCAUGCACAAGGUAAGUUCAUCCGGAAAAUGGUGAGAGAACGGGCCGUGUGCUCUCCUCAGGCCCAAUAGUCUUAGCUCAGGUUAUAUUCAGUAUGUUCCCAGGCCCAAUAUCCUUAGCUCUGAUCAAAUCCAAUAUAUCCUUUGGCCCAAUGGUCUAAACUCUGAUUAUAUUCAGUAUGACAUACAUUCUAACGCAGUUGGACAUUUCUCUACUGUAGAACGUGUGAACUGGUCACAACUUAUAAGUACUGAUUACUGAAUACAUCCAAAAUAGUUUUAACUCUUUUCAGUAUAGUUACUAGUUCAGCUAUUCAAAUAAGGGAGGGUUCAACCCCAUUUUCUACCAUUCGAUCCGUAAUAUGUUUAAUUCAUAGAACAAAGAAGAAAAUGACCCUACCGUUUUAAUUUAUUUUUAAUAACAGUAAAUAAUGAAAAUCACUGUGGUUUACUGUUCUUGAGCCCUCGAAUUUUGAUUGUUGGUGAAGAUUACAACAAAAUUAAGAUGUGACUCAAUGUAUAAAGUACGUAGCAUUCUUCAUGAUUUUAUUCAUGUACAAUUUUGAAAUGGAAUCUAGUUGUUGUGUUG